CGCGACGCCGCCCAGCCGCGGCGCCGACCGCCGGACGCCGGCGAGUCAUUCGCCAGCUCGCGUCGGAGCCGCGCGCAGCUGCGUCUCCGUCCCCGGUCCGCCAUGGAGUCUGUGUGUCGGCGCGCGGCGGCGCUGCUGCCCGACGAGCUGGGCCUCUGGCUGGAGACCGCCUGGGAGUACCGGGCCACCCGGCUGCUGGUCGGCCUGGCGCUGCUGAGACUCGGACUGAACCUCUACACCAGCCACAAGAGGCGACGACGCAGGGCCGAGUGGGCGUCGGUGGGCCGCGACGUGGUGGUGCUGCACCAGUUCUCUCGCGCGCCCUCCUGUCCCAACAUAUCGCCGUUCGCCAUCAAGGUGGAGACGUUCCUGCGCGCCACCAACACGCGCUACGUCGUGGACGACUCCCAGCCGUUCGGGCCGCUCGGCAAGUGUCCGUGGAUCACGCUCAACGGCCACGAGUACGCCGACUCGAGCCUCAUCCUGGACGUGCUGUCCAGCCAGCUGGAGGCGCGCCUGCCGGUCCAGUGUGACGAGCAGCGUCUGGCCGCCGGACGCGCCUUCCAGGUCAUGCUCGAGGAGCACACCGCCUGGUGCAUCUUCUUCAAACGCUACUCGCUGGACAAAAUGCGCUACGUGUGGCCCGAGUUUCCGCUGUACGUGCGUCGGUACAUGCCGUUCGUGCGGAUCUUCAUGGCCUGGGGUUUCACCAGCCGCGCCCGCGAGCAGGGCAUCGGACGGUUCACUGAGCCGCAGGUUCUGCAGGCGCUGGAGCGAGACCUGCGUGCUCUGUCCGCCUUCCUCGGCGAUCGGCAGUUCUUCCUGGGCGAGACGGUGUCCGACCUGGACUGCUGCGUGUUCGGCAUGGUCUGCCAGCUGCUGUACGUCUCCGGGCCGGCGCUGGAGUUUAUGACGCACAGCCACUGCGAGAACCUGGUACGUCACCACGACCGGAUGAAGGAGCUCUACUGGCCCGACUGGGACCAGUGUCUGGAGUAGUGACGAGCGCCGACAGACUGUAGCCUCCCUGACCAGGGGAGCCGCCAGAGCUGUGGACUUUUGUUGUGUUGUGAUUUAUAUAUUCGUGUCUUUGUGUGUGAUGUGAUAAGAGAGACUGCAUCAAUGCUUUGCUCCUUUUCUGUAGUUAUAAUUCGUGGACUAAGCGACUGCUUUGUUUUAUCGUACCUAGCAAGCUAACUGUGCGUUUAUGUAAUUCAUUCUGACUUUAUUAUUCUGCAUGUGACCACAUCGUACCCUCUCCAAUUUACUCGCAAUUUAUUCGUUAAAUCUAGCAAGCACGCGUCUCGGUGUCGACCUACUGAGGUCCAGAUUUGUCUCAUCAGACAGCUUGUCGUCCGAGUGCGGUUUUACCUGCCGGCGUGUCUCGUAUCGCCCCCAAUUGACAAGUGUGUACCUUCCGAGUUCUGAUAGCGUAAUCGUGCUGCUAGGCUGAGGCCAUUCAGUCAGCUGGUAUAGUGAUACUCUUAUGCCGAUUACCACAGUCGGCACUGGCAGCCCAGCCGGCUGGUUGUCGACGAGAGUAUGUACUCAGGCUUGUUCAGUACAAAUACAGGCACGUAUUUGAA